AUGACAAUCUUAUCUGCUUUAACUUCAUUAUCACCAAUGUCAUCCUCAAAGAAAUCAAGUAUUUCUGCAUCAAGAGGUUCAUCAUUAUCAAUGGGUUCUAAUAGUGUUGCUUGUGGCGGUUGUGGUGGAGGUUCAGGUGGUUAUGGUGGUAUUGCUGCUUCUGCCUCAGUUGAUGUUAGUGUCAAUGUAAAUGUUGGUGCUGUUGUAGGAGGAGUUGUCGGAGUUGUUGGUGGCUUAGUUGGUGGAUUAUUAGGUGGUGCUGGUGGUGGUGCUGGUGGUUGUGGUUGCAACUAA